CUUUUGGAUCGUGGCCUGAGCAUCCUACAUCCCACAAAUCUCUAAACGUUCAUUAUCCUUGGUACCUUUGGCCCCCAAGGAGGAACUCUCAAAGAGUAUGUGUUUUUGAGACAUUUAUAAACUUUUUAACAACUCCCAUUGCUCCUUCGGCCCCAGUGGUAAUCAGCCCAGUCCUGCUUCCUGAGCCCACUCCAAUCAUCUCUCCCUGAAGAUACCGCCUCAUCCCCUAGGGUCACACCCAUUGUGUGCAUGAUGUAUGGGCAGUGGGUAGGAAACUGAGGCUGCAGGAAAAGGAUCUUCCAGAAGAUGUAAGACCUGAUGUCUCUCUCUCCUUCUGAGAGACCAGGGUUUCCCCAGCUGUAAAUAGAUCAGCUAUAAGAAGGAUCUGGGAACACUUGCUGGAGUGUGGGGAGAAUAAACAAGUGACAUGGACUUGAUGGGAGUAAGUCUCAAAUGUGAAGAGAGCCUCAGGCAGAAAUGCAGGGGAAUGUGAUGUUGAACACUGAGGCCUCAGGUUGCAUGUGAAAACCCAGGCUUUUAAGGAUUGAGGGAGGCAUUGGCCCUGUGGGUUAGAGGGAGGAUGCUGAGAGCAAAGGGUAAGGAAAUAACACCGUAAAAUUCUCCACAUAGUCACUUAGAACAAGAUCACAUAAAUUGCCUACUAAUACAUUAAGUCAGAAAACGUAAGUAUGUUUUUCUACCUUGAAUUGAUUUACAAAAGCUCAGUAGGGGACUUCUAAGAGUCUGAGUUUUAAGUGGUGGGCACCGCAUGAUCAAAAGAUUGCACGGAGGGAGAAACAAGAUCAGAUUGUGAGUGUAGAAAGAUCACUUGACAGCUAUCUAGAAAAUGGGCUGGAGUGCCAGCAAAUGGAAGCAGAAGGAUGAGACAAGACUUCUAAUAGAUAAUAGAAUGCAGCAGGCAGCUGGGAGAGGAUGGAAGGCUGAGACACGGUGGUGGGAUUGGGAGGCCACGUAGCCUCUCCUUUGUUACCCUCGGUCUCUCAUCUUCCAUCCCCUUCCCCACUUUGGUCCUGUUCUCUCCCCACCACUUCAUUACCUCUCCACUCCCUGGUCCUUCACUUGCUCUAUUCCUUUAUCUCACUCCUCUUCAUCUCCCUUCUUUAUUCGUUUGUCUAUUCUAUGUCUCUUAUUUCAAAAUCACCCUUUGUUUUCUACCCUUGUAUUCAGUAACAUAUUUUAAAAUUCUUAUUCCUUUCAAAGGAGCUCUUUGAGUCCCCUGCAUACAAUUUCACCAUCAUCUAUUUCUUAAUCCAGAGAAUUUCUCUCACCCAUCUCUCUUAUCUCAGUAUAUACACCAUGCAUGUCCUGUCUUCACUCAGCACGGGGCCACCUACAUUAGAAAGGUGCAGGGGGCUCAUCCUAUAGCUAUUCGACCAUGUAGCAGCCAAUAUCACAAGCUUUUUGAUUAGUAUUUAUCAGCAAGAUUGGGCACAAAUAAACUAUAAGAUCCACAUUUAUGUCUCUGGGAACUUACAAUGAAUUAUGGAGGAAAAAACACAGACACGUGAAAAGUUCAUCAACAUUAUAAUGUGUUCAAUGUUGCUUGAAAAAUGAUGGGUAGAAGAAUGUAGUAGAGUCAGGAAGAAGAGAGGAUAGGAGGACUAUACAGAGGAGAGUGAUUGUCAUUUAUUAUUUCCAGGCACUGUUUGAGGAAACUUAUGUGUUACUUUAUUUCACUCCCUAGACUAGUCUACAAAGAAAACAUUUUUAUUCUCACCUUGCAGAUGUGGAAACUGAGAUCCAGAGAGAUUAAGUAAUCUACUCAAGGUCAAAUCUCGAGGACAUAGCAGCCCUGAAGUUUGGCUGCAGGUCUGUUGGACUCAAAGCUCUUUCCACCGCUCAUUACACUGAAUCUUUGAAAGGCAGGCUGCAUGUGUCUCUGGAUGGCUUUAAGAUCUCAUAAAUAUUUAUUCCAGCAGCAACUACAAACUCUCCAGAGAGAAGGUCACUUAAUCAGCACCCGGUUAUACGGUCUGCACAUGAGGACCUGGACAAACUGAUUUAGCCCGUGAGCACUGAACGUGACUUCAUGUAUCUACGUGCUGGUUCACUUUCCUCGGGUGUAUGGAAGACACGCCAUGGAGUCAGGGAACCUCACCUGGGUAUCAGAAUUUGUCUUCCUGGGGCUCUCACAGACUCGGGAGCUGCAGCUUUUCCUGUUUCUGGUGUUUCUGCUGGUCUACACCAUCACUGUUCUGGGAAACCUCCUCAUCAUGAUCACGGUGACCGCAGACUCCCAGCUUCACACCCCCAUGUACUUUCUGCUUCGAAACCUGGCUCUCAUAGACCUCUGUUUCUCCUCAGUCACUGCCCCGAAGAUGCUGGUGGACUUCCUCUCUGAGAAGAAGACCAUCUCCUACCUGGGCUGCAUGGCCCAGGUCUUCUUCUUCCACUUUCUGGGCGGCGCCAUGCUCUUCUUCCUCUCUGUGAUGGCCUAUGACCGCCUCAUUGCCAUCUCCCGGCCCCUCCACUAUGUCACCAUCAUGAACACUCAGCUCUGUGUGGGGCUGGUGGUGGCUGCUUGGGUAGGGGGCUUUGUCCACUCCAUUACCCAACUGGCUCUGAUGCUCCCACUGCCUUUCUGUGGCCCCAAUGUCCUGGAUAACUUCUACUGUGACGUCCCACAAGUGCUGAAACUUGCCUGCACUGACACGUCCCUCCUAGAGCUCCUCAUGAUCUGCAAUAGUGGGUUGCUGGAUAUCAUCUGGUUCCUCCUCCUCCUGGCCUCGUACACGGUCAUCCUGGUGAUGCUGAGGUCCCAUUCGGAGCAGGCCAGGAGGAAGGCAGCUUCCACCUGCACCACCCACAUCGUCGUGAUGUCUAUGGUCUUCAUUCCAAGCAUCUACCUCUAUGCCCGGCCCUUCACUGCCUUCUCCAUGGACAAGGCUGUGUCCAUCAGCCACACCGUCAUGACCUCCAUGCUCAACCCCAUGAUCUACACCCUGAGGAACCAGGAGAUGCAGGCGGCGGUGAAAAGGUUAGGGAGACAGUGCCUGGUUUGUAAAAAGGAGUGACAGUGGGUAGGUCACUUCUCUUUGGCUUUGUUUUCCAUUUGGAGAGUGGACAGAGAGCUAGUAUCUCUUCUCUUAAUAACUGGUGGAUAUGUGGAGAGGGUCACUGUAGAAAUGAGUGAGUUUUGAAACUAAGCAACUUACUCAGAUUUUUAGGCAAAGGAAAAUUUCUUUGUUUUUGAUUGUGAUGUAUGAUUGAACACUCCCAUGACAAUAAAGUAUAUUCCCAU